UUGUGUCAGGAAGCGCUUGGUUAGAAUAUUUUUAUGAUGGAAGGUGUUAGUGUUUGCUUUUUAUUGUUUUCCCGGCAAUUCGACAGAUGAGUAUGUUGCAAACUGCUAAUUGUAAAAUACAGAUUAGGUAGUAAAAAUAUUUGCAACAAGUUCGACAUGAUAAAGAUGUUACACAGAUCUGAAACUCGAGAUAACUGUGCAUUAGAAGUUGCUCUCAUCCCGGAGGGUAACCUCUCUAAAAAUGUUGUGGACGCAGCAAAAGCCAAAAUGGCUCAAGGAUGCACCUUGCUCUGCUACUUGAGUGGUACUGGCGAGAUGAUUGUCGGCGACAUUUCAAAGAGCAAAGCACCGGGAAAAACAGUGAAGGGCAAAUAUACGGAUUUCACUUGGGAAGAGGUGACGUCUCACAAUGGAGCCUGUGGUAGCUCUAGACUGCUGGCUGUUACCUCAGAGUGUGAGCUGACACUGUAUGAGCUGGAAGCAGAGGGCCCCUCCUCCACCACAUUUGUCUCUGCCUCUGAGUUUUCAUUAGAGAAUCUAAUGCAGCUGGUCAAGGAAAAAGACCUGGGUGUGUCUGAGGUGCUGUCCCUGAGGAUAUUGUCCUUGGUGGAUGCCAGGUGUUUCCUCCUGCUCAACUCCAGUGCUGUGGUGCAGCUGCGGUGGAUACAGGGGGCGGAACCAGAGGUCCUGUCCUGCUCGAGCAUUGCUCUGCCUCCCGAGGUACCACUGGACCAAUGUGCUAACUACCAGCUCUGCAGAGGCACCCUCUUUGUGCUGACCACAGCUGGAGUCAUAUAUGUGUUUGACAGUGCUGAGGGUAAGCAGCUGGCCACGGUCGACUUGCCCUCAUAUCACACAGCUUGUCUGGGGGAAGAUGAGCCGGUCCCUUUGCUGGAGUCCUUUGGCUUUUUCCAUGUGUCCCCUGACCUUUGUACUGUUGUUGCUGCCACUCAGUCCAACACUGCCUUGGCUGUUGACCUCAACCACUACUUCAGGAUGUACCCAGCGCAUCUUUUGUGUAGGCUGGUCCCCAGUCGUCCUCCAUUCAAGCCCCAGGAACCCUGGAAUCAGGACAGCUUAUUAAGCUCCACCUACAGCCACACAGUGCUAGGCACCUCCUUCAGCACUGACUGGUCCUGGGAAGCUCGGCUGACUUCCCUGUAUAAGAAGGCUAAGGCUUCACCUUCCUCAUCACCUCAGACUCUGGGGAGCCCUUGGUUUAAGGACUUCCCCCACUUUGAGUGUACACAGGCAGCCGCUGCUGCCAAGACCUCUAAGAGCAGUGUCCCAUCAGGGGGUCUCACCAUGCACUUUUCUGUCCCAAACAACGCUGCCCCAGUGCUGCUUUCUGUCUCUGAGUUCUCCACUGUGGUAACCUUUGUCUGCCCCGGGAACGGCGAGACUGCUGUGGCCUUCUGGGAUCUGCAGUCCCAGACCGUGACCUACCACCGACCCACCUCUCCCAGCGUGCCUGUCCAGCGUACUGCAGAGGAGCAGCUCUGCCUCUUUCUCAAGACGUCAGGCCUAUACCUGGUGCUGUUUGCUGUGUCACAGGAAGAGCUGCUCAACCGACUUAUGGUGUUUGGCAGCGCAAGCACUGUUGACUCUCUGUGCCACCUGAAUGAAUGGGGCCGAUGCUCCAUCCCUAUUCACGCCCUGCAGGCUGGUCUGAAGAACCACCAGUUGGACACAGUGGACUUUUUCCUGAAGAGCAAAAAGAACAUCCUGAGUCCCCCUACGGGUUACACUCUGUCUGACCAGCCAGCUGCUGUCUCAACCCAAAGCCAGCUGAAGAAUAUCCAGGAUUUAAUUCCGUCUUUGGACCUUCUGCGUUGUGCCAUUAAAGAGACCCACAUAGAGGCCCAGAGCCGACAGUUCUCAGAGCAGCUUCUCAGCAUCACCCUGGCCUUCCUCAACACACAAGUCAGGGUCGUCCUAUCAGCCACAGAGGAGCUGGAUGAGAACCUGCGGGAGUGUGUGGCUAUAUUGGAUCGUUACAUCUCGGACCUGCGAACAUUCAUGAAGAGGUACCCUUGGCAAACAGGGCCCGACACCUCCACCCCGAUCCCAUCUCCCACACCUGCACCCGAGGAGUUGGAGUACGAGGACUGGAAGUCCCUCUCUAUGGAGGAGGUGGUUCAGCGGGCAGUGCUCACCAAGCAGAUCCCGAGGGCCCAGGCCUACCUGCGGAGCCGGAGUCAUCCAGAACAGCAGCUGGAGGCGUUGAGGAGCACAGGGUUGCGUCUGGCCUUCUCCUGCCUCACACGCAGAGACCUGGAGCAGGCCACAGCACUGCUCAGGAACAUGGGUUUCAAUGUAAAGAAGCAACUUCAUAACAUAUGCCUCUACACAGACGACCGGGACCUUAGGGACUUUGUAGUGGAGGAGUUGUCACAGCAAAGCUAUUUGUCUGAUGAAGAGGCGCAGAGGGUGGACUUCAUCAGACAAAUUGAGGGUUUGUGUGCUAUACCUCAGACUCGCUGUACAGACCCUGUGGGAAGCAGACAACGGGUUCCUCAGAUGGCCCAGACAGAACCAGGUUCUACGAGCCUCUUGGAAGAGCUGGUAGGCCAGAGAGGCUCCCGGUCGGAACAGCCACUUUGGAGCUUGCUGCGUCUAGACUGGGCCCGACAAUGGGAUCACAACACCCAGAAAGUUAUUGUGCUUUCACGUCUACAAGACUCAGCUGUGAGUUCCUCUGAUCCUGGGGUCCUGUGGUCGUACCUCACCUCCCUCCAUGAUGAGCAAAGGGUCACCAAGUGGAUCGAAACCCUGGCCACUCAGAAUGGAGACCCAUCCAGCACCACCCAGUGGCCCACCCUUGCCGCAAACGUGGUCAACAACAACACCCAUUGCAGCGCCCACAUGAGGGACCACAUACUGCACAUGUUGGCCAGGAGAGGAUUAUUCACUCAGGCUGAAAUAGCUGACUUUGAGCAGUUGUUGUGGAGGCUAGGCCAGGCAGGUGGGGUAAUGCAGGCCAACCCACCGGUGCCCCACUAUCGCUCACCACAGGGACAUGACUUUCACACACGCUUCAUCCACCACUGCCUGGACAACAGCCUUCACUACCUCCUCUACACAUACCUGGAGCACUACAGGUUAACACCCAGGAAUUGCCUUGCUCUAGCUGAUAAGAGUCUGUAUGAAAGUCAACCGUGGUUUGAAAUGAUGGUGAAAAUUCAGGAGAUUACCAGAGACCUAUCAGAUCCAAAUCGUGUGUUCCAGGCCAGUCUGACAAGUGCCCAGGUCCUCAUCCAAGGCAGCCAGGCCACAGUUAGCAGCAUGCUCUUGGAGGGACACAGCCUCCUGGCCCUCGCCACCAUCAUGUUUGCCCCAGGUGGCAUCGACCAGGUGGUCAGUCCGGAGGAGAGGGCUGGGAGCUCUGUCUCUAAGGUUGACCUCCAGCUACUAAAGAUGGCUCUAAGCCCCUACCCCAAACUCAAGGCAGCACUCUUCCCAGUGAGCGGACUCAGAGGGACACCCGCCACCACCUCCGAUGUCUCUGUCUAUCACCUCAUGCAGUCUUUACAUCCCUUGGAUCUGUCUCGACUUUUCGGAUGGCAGUCUGCCAACACGCUUGGCUCCACCGAGACCUCAGUGGAGCUGCCUCAUUUCUCCAGCCCACAGCUCGUUGGCAAAUAUGCCCUCAUCGAGAACCUCAACUUCCUGUACUAUCUGCGUCAUGGGCGGCCGUCCUUUGCCUACGGGACAUUUCUUGUCCAACAUUUAGCAAACUCCAAUGAUGUGAAGUCACAGCUGAGCCUCGCUGCGGAGCAGGCCUACAGCCUGGCGAUGAUGCAUUUCAGCGUUCCCUCUGUGGCCGCUGCUUGUGUUUGUUUCUGCGAACUCCUGGGCGUGUGUAGCCUCAAGCUGCGAGUGGACAUCAAAGUCCUCAAUCUGAUUCUCAGACACUGGAGUCAAGGGCCUGGAGUGACCGGCACAUUCUCCCUCAAACAAUCAUUAGCUGCUAAAGGCAGUAAGCUUGUGGAGGUUGAGAGGGAGGCUGAGGAGGAGCUUCUUGUUUACUUGGAGACAGCAGUGAAGGAUGGUGUGGAGAAGAAGGGCAUCGGCAGGUCAUCCUUCGAGGCAGGUCAGGAGUGGGCUCUACCGGUCCAGUUUUGCCAGCAGCAUGCCCUGCCCCUGAGCAGUGUCUACCCGCUUGACUGUGCAGCUGACGGCCAGUGGCUACACUUCCUACUUUUUGUUCAGCUGCAUAGCUACCCACCUCAGCAGGUGAGGACUCUGGUGGCCCAGUUUAACCGGGCCCUCCAGGCCCACCUGACCCUGGCCUUCCACGACCUACAAUUUAGUUCUCCGUGGAGUUCGGGGGAGGUGGAGGACCAGCAGGCCCAGGGUCAGAUCACCGUAUCCAGUGAGGAGGUCCCCGACCCCCCCAGAGAGCUGUUCCAGGUGCUGCUGCAGAGUCAAGAGCAGGCCAGUCCCUGGAGAUACCUGCUGGGGAAAGCCCUGGGUCAGCACUGCCCAAUGCUCACCAUACUAGCUGCCUGUCAUCAGGACGCCGACUUGCUUCAGUGUCUCUGCGUCUGGGUCCUGACCUCAGUGAAUGAGGUCAUUUCCACAGAGGCUACCACCCACCUGGAUGAGAGCCUGCAGCAUCAAAAGUGGAACCUUCACGACCUGUCAGUCAUCUGGAAGACAAUGCUGAAGAAAUGCAGGAUCAGGCCUCUCAUACGAGGCUUCCAGCUCUUCCAAAGGGACUCCCCCCUGAUCCAUGUGCUGCUCAUGUACGAGCUGUGUUACGACUACAAAAACUACCCUGAGGCCAAGAAGAAACUUAUUGAGUUCCAGAAGUGCCUGAUCAAUAUGAGGAGUAGUGUCAAGGCGCCAGCAGGCAUCCCUCUCCAGUGGGUGGAGUGCCAGGCCUCGGUCCUCCUGUUGACCAUGAUGCAACAGUGCGCCACACCGUACGAGCUACGCCAGCUACUGCAACUCCUCGCCGACAUGGAGCGCCUGCUAAAAUCUAACGGCCCGGAUUUCAAGAAGCUCAGCCUUCUCAGCAAGGUGCUCCAGGAUACGUCAGUGUCCCUUCCUCCCAGGCUGCUGGAGAACUAUUCCCCUGAUGUCCUGCGGAGCGAAUGCCAAAGCAUGCUUGAGCAGCUGCAGGCCCGCGGCCUGUUCCCCCCGGCCCGCCAGGUGGCUGAACUGGCAGGGUUACCCAUCGAUGGCCUGGUCAUUAGUGAGUUACUCCAGGACCUCAGUGCCCUGAAAGCCAAACGACAGUGGGAAAGGAGGGAGACGCGUGUGUCCUUCUGGAGAAAAUGCCACGAACAGUUCCGAGCUAGCAGUACUGAUCCCGAGGCCAGCUCCGAGUUCUUCAUGGCCCAGGCAGUUGUGGCGGAGCCUCCCCGGGGAUCUGUGGCCGAGACUGAGAUGCUGUGUGUCCAGGAGAGGUGCCUCCUCCUCAGCCUGGCCGGAUACUGGCUCUCACGUCUGGACCCAGUCCCCUUGCCGCGUCUGGAGGACCUGGAGAAGCAGCUGUGGACCACAUGUGUGCGUCAGCAGGUCCUACUCACUGCCAUGGAGAAAGAGAGCAUGUUCGCCCUGCCAGCAUCCACCAUGGCCCCUGAAGAGAACUCCUACGAGGCCCUGGUCAGGGAAUUCUCUUUUUCCAAAAUGGUAAUACUCAACGAACCCAGGUACCUGAGCUUAGAUGGCCUUCCCAGCUCCUCGUCUGAAGGGGAGAAGACUAAGUCUGAGGAGCAAGGGGCUCUAGCAACCCUGGUGGGGCAGCUGUUGGAUGAGGGCUGUAUCCACGAGGCUAGCCGUGUUUGUCGCUAUUUCUCUUUCUACCACCGUGACAUGUGGGUGGUGCUGCGUUGCCGAAGCCUGGCAUCAGGUGAGCUCCAGGCCGGGCUACAAGACAGGAUCACCUCUGACAUCAAGCCCAAGAAAAGCUUUCCCAGUUCCGCCAGUUUCAGCAGCCUUUCCUCAUUCGUGGUAGUCCCCUCCCCUGAGGACCAGACGGUGACUCAGCUUCAGAUGUUGGUGGAUGAGUCUCGUCACGGAAAGAGCUACUGCAAGCAGGUCCUAAGUCUCUAUGAGCUCUCUAAGGAGCUGCAGUGUUCCUACAGUGAGAUCUCCGCUGAGGAGCCCCAGGCUGUUCUGUGUAAGGUGCUCCUGUCCCAGCAGCCAGAGCGCUACAAGAAGGCCCUGGCCUUCAUCAGUGUGCAGGGCCUGCAGCCAGACACCGUUGCCCAGCUGGUCUCUACCGCUGUGCUCCAGGGCCUGCUGCUUUCCACACAGGGUGGAGAGACUGAGAAGCUCAUUUUCAGUCCGGAUGAUGGGAAAGAGUCCUUCCUGCAGCUGGCCAAAUUGUGUGGGGACCCCAACCUGGUGGGCAUCAAGCUCCUGGACCAAAUCCCCACUGUGCCACUGGGAGAACUGCGCUGCACGGUGGAGUUGUUGAUUCUGGCGCACGACUGCUUCAGUCUGACCUGCAACAUGGAGGGUAUUGUGAGGGUGCUGCAAGCUGCACGCCACCUCAGCCAUGCGCACCUAGCCCACAGCGACCACUACAGUUUACUGGUGCGCCUCCUAACCGGUAUAGGCAGGUACACUGACAUGACUUACAUCUUUGACCUGCUCAACCAAAACCACCGCUUCGAGAUGCUCCUCAGGAAGAAAGUGGAGUCGAACUCCAGGUUGAAGACGGCCCUGCUAGACUACAUUAAGCGUUGUCUGCCAGCGGACAGUGAGAAGUACAACAUGGUGGCCCUGUGCUUCAGCAUGUGCAGAGAGAUCGGAGAGAACCUUGAGGGAGCCGCCCGCGCCCAGCUCAAACUCAUCGAAUCCCAGCCAUGGGCUGUGACCCCUGAACUGAAAAGUUCCUUGAUAAAGGUUCUUACUCUCCUGAAGGAUGCUGCAGAGAGUUAUUCCAAGGACUCCUGUGUUCGCCAGGCGGCACGAUGUGUCAAACUGGCGAAGCUGGUUACACUCCAGCUGUACUUCCUGAACCACGAGCAGGACCAACGCGUCAUCAACUUGCACCAAUCAGAUCUCAUUGGUGUCAUAGUGGCUCUGCCUCGUUGUUACCAGGCUUUUGUGCUGUCAGAAGCCUACGACUACAGUCCCGAUUGGGCCGAGGUAUUGUACCAGAAGGUCAUCCUCAGUGGAGACUUUGCUUACCUAGACGAGUUCCGACUACACAGGACCCUCCCUGCGUCCCUGUUUGAAGAAAUAUCGAUCAAAUUGACUCACAACACUCCUCCAAGCAGUGCGGGACAAAACCUGAAGAGGCUGCUGCAACACUGUGAGGACGUUUACACCUACUACAAGCUUGCCUACGAGCACAAGUUCUUCGACGUGGCUAACAUGUUACUGCAGGACUCCAAAACUAGCAGUUACCUAAAUGACAGGCUAGGUACUAGGUAGCUGAUUAAAUCAGUACCGACGCUGCCAAAGUCCUGCAGACACACAUACGGGGAGUUGUGUAAUAAAUAUUUCCUAUGAUGUCUUCCUUGGAAAUAGAUAGUUUCCCAAAAUCAUUUAUAUUUUCUCCACCCAAAAUCAUUAACUGAAUAAAUCUUGAUUUAUUUGAA